AUGAGUGCCUCGAAACGAAUCAUUAAGAAAAAUGUGGGCUCCGAGCCGUUGAAUGGUGAUAGUGUUUUGCACAAAUGUGCACGUGCCAACAGUGCGGGUGGAAUAGAAAACACAGCAUCAACUAGCCACAUGAACGGGAAAAACAACCGGCAGGAGACGGCAUUGAUCGUCGCCGCGCAGAACUCAGCCUGCCGUGCGAUGGCCGCACUGAUCCGGCGGGGAGUGGAAGUAAAUCAUCAAGACGGAAACGGUAACACUGCCCUACAUUAUUCUAUUCUGACCGUAUCUGAAAAAGUGGUGGGGAUUCUCUCCACCGCCGCAUCAGAUUUUAACACCCCAAAUGCCGAUGGGCAAACGGCAAUACACUUGCUGGCCCUGUCAAACAACGUUAAAUUAGCUAAACUAGUAUGUAGAAAGCUGCCCUUUUUUAAAAUGGAUGUAAUUGACCAAAACGGAUACAAUCCGUUCAUUGCGGCUGUCGUACACGGCAGCCUCAGAAUGGUCGAUUACUUCCUCCAUUUAGGUUACGAUCCAACGACAAGAACGCGAUUGAAUAAGACUCCUUUACAUAUCGCCAUAGAAUUAAAUGAUUUUGCAAUGAUUAAAUUACUCGCUAAAACACCGAAUAUCAAAAAUAUUGACGACAACGGACACAGCGCCUUAACAAUUGCCGUCGGUCGCGGAAUCGAAACCGCAGUGGACGUUCUCCUGCAGCAAGACGCGGAUAUUUCACAGUUAGACAAAACGGGAAACUCUAUGUUACAUAUUGCAUGUACGGGGAAAUCAGCGAAUAUUCUACGCCAUAUGUUUGAACUCUUCCCAGAUUUAAAUAUUCGUAAUUCAUCAGGCGAAGACCCGCUACACCUAGCUUGUGCACUUAAUAAAACGGCCGUAGUCAGCGAGUUAUGUGCGCGUAGGGCAAAUAUCACAGCGCAGGACAGCAGAAAACGAACACCGUUGAUGACAGCAAUCAUGUCAGGUAGUCAGCGGUCCGCACUCGUCCUGUUAGAAUGGGAAUUUGUCAGGGAAACGAACCUAAUCGAAUUAUCAGACGAAAAUGACAUGAACGCGCUCCAAUUUUGUAUUUUAUUUAAUGAUCAAUCAACAGCGGCCAGAAUUAGAGCGGUCGAGUUGGCGCUGCUUAACGCCCAGCAUGCUACCCCACCAACGCAAACCCUUUAUCUUAAUACAGGCGACACUUCACCGCCGAUUUACAUAACAGCCGACCCGCUAGAAAUCAUAGAAGACGAAUAG